AAAACUCAGCUAUUAUUUACUACAAUUGAAUCUGUAGACUACACCAUUUGCAAUGAAACUCUUCUCACCAUCCCAUGCUUAGUCACCAAUGUGGGGGCAAAGAGCCUUAGAGAAAUGUUUGUAAAGUGGAGAUUCGGAGAUAAACAAAUUUUCUACUAUGAUGGAGAUAAAAAUGAAUCCAAUCCCACCAGUGACUUUUCGAGUGCAUACAUCAUACCAAAUGCACUACUAACAGGCAAUGCCUCUUUGAUGAUGGACAAGAGGGAUGCUGUCCCAGGAAACUACACUUGUGAAGUAACAGAAUUAACCAGAGAAGGCGAAACCACCAUAGAACUAAAAUAUCAUAUUGCUUUAUGGUUUUCUGCAAAUGACUAUGUGCUUACUAUUAUUUUCCCAAUGUUGGCUGUCCUUCUGUUCUGGGGAAGUGAUAUUGUGAUACUUAAAUUUAAUUCCAAUAUUAUGAAGGAGAAAAUCAUCAUUUUAUCUGUGGCUGGACUAGUUCUCAGUAUAUUAGUCAUUGUUGGAGCUGUUUUCUUCAUCCCAGGUGAAUAUUCAACAAAGAGGGCCAGUGGACUUGGUUUAAUUGUAGCUUCUACAGUAAUACUAAUAUUACUUCAGAUCUCUACGUUUAUGAUAGCUCCAGCUAAGAGGAAGCUCCCCAUCAGCAUCAUCUUAUUGAUUGUUCAGUUGCUGGGCCUUUUGAUCUCUGUGGUCGGACUAAGCUUCUGUGUCUCAGAGUGCAUCCCAGUGCAUGGUUCUCUUCUGAUUUCAGGCUUGGGUAUUACAACCUUAGGGGCAUUACUUGGAUUAGUUUAUAUGAUAUUUGUUGCAGGUUCUAAGCAGAAUACUAUACAUCCUCAAACGGACAAAAAGAACGGAAGUGAUGGACUCUGACUUGCAGAGUAGUAAGAUGUGAAAGGAAUGCACUUAAGUUUAAGGACCGUGACCUUGACUCACUCAUUGUUCAAGAGAAGAAAACAAGAAAAGUAACUCUCAUCUAUAAGAGAAAGUAAAUCAUUGAAUUUUAAAUGAUUAUUACAGUUUAAGUUUUUAUUCAAUUAUUUGUAAUUUAGUUAAUAAAAGUAUCAUGAUCUGU